AUGGCAGUGAAGAGGAGGAAUGAAGACAUCCAAGAGGAGAAGACUCUCCCUAUGCAGAAGAGCAAUCAACAAAAACAGGGCAAUCUCUGCCACACCUUCCUGACAUCAACUCAUUUCUUGUCUCAGAUCUACACCGACUCUGACACUGAAGCUGCAGCAGAAGCAGCAGUGCCAUCCCAAGGAGCCUUUGCUCCCCAGCUGAAGAAGUGGAGCCUGAGCCCUUGGUUCACCUGCCGUGCUGACCCAGCUGCUGCUCAGCAACAGGAGACGGCGGGUGACUCCCUGGAGCAACAGAGGAGAAUGGUGAAGAUGGAAAAUCCUAUUCUAAAAUACAUUGAACUGGAAAAUAUUGGCAGUGGGGGGUUUGGAGAUGUUUGUAAAGCACUCGACACUGCCACAGGAGGAGAGGUGGCCAUAAAGAAAAUACACCUUCAAGGACUGAGGAAGAAGGAACUAAAAGUCAAUGAACUCAUGGUCAUGAAGGUGAAUAGGAAUCCCAACCUCUUCAACUGUUUAGACAGCUACUUUGUGGGUGAGGAACUGUCCCUGGUUAUGGAGUACAUGGAUGGAGGCACUCUGAGCAAUGUCAUCAGCCAGACCUGCCUGCCUGAAGAUGAGAUGGCAGCCAUCAGUCGGGAGUGCCUGCAAGGACUGGAUUUUCUUCAUUCAAACCAUGUUAUCCACCAAGAUGUGAAGAGCACAUCCUUCUCAGAACCGAUGGCUCUGUCCAGCUGGGUCACUGACUUUGGCCUCUUUGCUCAGCUCAGCCCUGAGCAGGGCAGACGGAGCUCCGUGGCCGGCGCUGCUGGGUGGCUGGCGCCUGAAGUGGUGACAGGUCAACCAUGUGGCCCCAAAGUGGACAUAUGGUCUUUGGGAAUUGUGAGCAUCGAAAUGGUGGAACAAGAAGUUCCUUCCUGGAAUGCAACUCCUGUCUUGCGUGUUAGAGCUUGGUUCCACAUGAACCACGCUGGAUAA